CAUUUAAAAACUGAGAGAGCUGUCACAGCUUGGAGAAAAUCCCAAACCAGUCGGCCCUCAAACUCCGGCGGAGAUUGGUCGGAUGGCAUCGGCGCCGGCGAACAAGAUCGAGAGGGCCCACCAGAUGUACCGUGAAGGCAAGUACGAGGAGGCUCUGGGUUUCUACACGGAGGCCCUAUCCAUGGCCAAGACCAACCCCCAGAAGAUUGCUCUCCACAGCAACAGAGCCGCUUGCUUCCUCAAACUCCACCAUUUCCAAAAGGCUGCAGAGGAAUGUACCUCAGUGCUUGAGCUUGAUUACAAUCACACUGGAGCAUUGAUGUUGCGGGCUCAGACACUGGUGACACUGAAGGAGUACCGGUCAGCACUCUUUGAUGUUAAUAGGCUCAUAGAGUUAAAUCCAUCAUCUGAAGUGUAUCAAAACCUUGAAGCUCGUUUAAGGACGCAAGUGUCACUGGCUCCAAUACCCGAGUCCGAAGCUGAGCUAGAAGAAGAGGAAGAAGACGAGGGUGAAGUCGAGCCAAAAAGACAUCGGGAGAGAGGAGAGCAAUACAUAGGAAAAGAAGAUGUAGUACCUUUGAGGGAAGGAAGGGAUCGGCUUGCUGAGGUUAAUAGGACUACUAUUCCCUAUGUUAUCCCAUUUAAGACACCAACACAUAAGGACUCUGCUGAUCAAGGAAGGGAUCCAAAAGAAAACUCUGUGAAGACUACUUCCCUGGCUAAAGAUGCUACACCAGAGAAAGUAUCACCUGAAAAAGAAAAGGGAUGGCAAGCAAUCCCAAAACCAAAGGGACACUCCUCUCUGGACUAUGGGCGGUGGGACAGUGUGGAAGAUGACUCUAGUGAAGAUGAUGAUGAUGACGAUGAGGAAGACUCUCAACCACAGUAUCGGUUCCGUGUUAAAACGGUUGGUGUUCGGCCGGUAAAAUGAUGAGAAAAUUAUACAGUACUUAAACUAGACGGUCAUGAUCAUAGUGAGUUCAAGUUUGGUUUCAUACUCUGAGAUUUUUUUUGGCUAUGAGAAUCCAGCUGUGACAUGUUAGCAAACUUGACAACUGUAUUGUCCAAACAUUCAGGAUUUUGCAUUCGGUUCAGUUCAGUUGGGCUCGUCGAGUCAGUGCAGUUGUAUAUUGCGCUCUGCCAUGUUCGAAUUAUACAUGCUGCAGCAGCGAACUUAGGGGAGGCUCGGUCUACAAUUGAGAUAAUACUUGCACCUAUUGAUUAUCACUUACGAGCGUCUUGCCUUCAUUGCUGCUUUUAUGUAAUUAUGUGUUGUAUAUUGUAUGUGAUGCUUGUUUGAAAAGCAUGGAAAUUGGAUGUUUACACGACAGCUGAUACAAAGAUUUCAAUAUAGAAUUUUUUUUAUUACUCUUUCUGG